CUGGCUUGCCAGCCUCCCUCCUUUCCUGGCAGCUCGGUGGGCACGGGGCGGGUCGCCGCGGCGCCGGGAGGGCUCUGGUCAAGCUCCGGGAAGCUCGGAAGGCGCAGAGCAGCGGCGGCCGCUCAGAACUGAGAUCGCUAGGCUCUUCAGCGGGCGAAGAAGACACAAGAGUUUGUGUUGGAUGACAUUCGCUUGCAAAUCCCAGGGGAGAAGAGCUAGCUACCUGGGUCAGGUGGAGGCAAAAUGGGUCCCAGGGGCAGGCAGAGCCCCUCAUCCCCACUGGCCCCCUCCCAGGGGUCUUGCUUCUUCAUCCUCUUCUGCUUACGGUUAGGUGCCUCCUGCCCACAGGCCUGCCAGUGCCCUGACCAUGCUGGGGUUGUGGCUGUCCACUGCAGCUCAAGAGGGCUGCAGGAGAUCCCUAGGGACAUCCCGGCCGACACGGUGCUUCUGAAACUAGACGCCAACAGAAUCUCCCGAGUCCCCAAUGGAGCCUUCCAACACCUGCCCCACCUGAGGGAGCUGGACCUGUCCCAUAAUGCCAUUGAGGCCAUUGGUCCAGCAGCCUUCUCAGGUCUGGCUGGGGGCCUGCGGCUGCUGGACUUAUCCCACAAUCGCAUCCGAAGAAUUCCAAAGGACGCCCUGGGCAAGUUGAGUGCCAAGAUCCGCCUGUCCCACAAUCCGCUGCACUGCGAGUGUGACCUGCAGGAGGCCCUGUGGGAACUGAAGCUGGACCCUGACUCCGUGGACGAAAUUGCCUGCCACACCUCAACACAGGAGCAGUUUGUGGGCAAGCCGCUGAUCCAGGUCUUGGACUCGGGGGCCAGCUUCUGCAGUAACCACCGGAAGACCACCGAUGUCGCCAUGCUGGUCACCAUGUUCGGCUGGUUUACCAUGGUGAUUGCCUACGUGGUGUACUACGUACGCCACAACCAGGAGGAUGCCAGACGACACCUUGAGUACCUCAAGUCCCUGCCCAGUGCUCCCGUCUCCAAGGACCCUCUCAGCCCCGUGCCCUAGCACCCGCCUCCGGUGGGCCACUGAGCCUGGCUGCCCUGUCUUUCUGCAGCAGUUGAAGGUGAUGGUGCUCUUGUGUCCCCAGGGAGAUGCCCUGCAGCUGUACAUCCCCAAAAGCACUUUCACAGUUGGCAUUUGGUCCCUGCAGCCACGGCCUAACACUGUAGCUGGGUUUACCAUCUUAAUGGGUAGGUAAAUGGAGGUUGAAAGAAAUGGAAAGUCUUGCCAGGGGGGGCUUCGGCUGGCCCUUAAACCCAGGCUGCUUGUGGGAUAGGUCUGUGAGCCGUCUGAUCUGCCCAACGGUUCUUUCCCACAUUGCGCUGUGGGUAGUGAAUACUUGUGCACGCAAGGAUGGGGCCCUGGCGGGGAGGAUGGCGUCAGGAGUUUGGCCACCGGGGAAUGGCUCAUUCUGUUUAUCCUUGCCCUCCCCGUACAUCUGAACACAGAGACGUUUGCCCUUUCCCAGAGCAAAGUACCGGUAGUCGAGACCUGUCCAGAGAGGUCAGUGCAGAGUACAGCCUGCACCGGGCCUGCGCUGACCUUUGGUCCUAGGAGUUCUUUAGUUGCCCUUGUGCCAAAAUUUCAGUCCACGGAGAGGGAGAAAAUGGAGAAACAUGAGAAAGGUCCAGCAGAGGCUCACCAUGGCCGCGUCAGCUGCCUGACCACUUACGGGCGGCCCCAGCGCCUGUCUCUUCCAUCCGUGCCUGGGCAGUGGAAGCCUCUUAACCAUGGCGGCUCUUGUGCCUUGCUUUCUACUGCCAAUACCUAAAGCAGCUUUCUAUAGGAGGAGAAGGGACUGGAGUUGGAGGUUGCCGUGCCAAUCAACAGGAACGCUGCUUUUCUCUAGCAACCAGAACCUUCUCUUCACCUCGCUGAAAUCCCAGAGCUCACUGAUCAACUAACUUUCUUACCUGUAAUUUACUUCAUAUUCAGGGGUAGAUGUUCUAGCCACCUAACGCGACCCGACUUCCAGGUUUUGUUAUUUACCGUCUUUUUGUAUAAGGGUUUAUACCCUAAGCUACGUCGUCGAGAAUCUGGGAGAAGCAAGCAAAUGAGUGUAGAAUGUGUGUGUGUGUGUGUGUGUGUGUGUGUGUUGAGUAUCGGUCUAGAUGCCUCUCCAGGCACAAAUUGAAUGUGGCUUCUGAAUCUGCUGGAAAUUCUCUUGUGAUCUGCAGGGGAAAGGUGAGACUGGGUUGGGGGCCUGGCCUGACUUGGUCUUACCAUCCCUUGUAGCCCAUAGUUCUGUCACUAUGUGACAACGGUUACCUGAGGCCACAUGACGGUCAGCUGCAGAAGUAUAUGGAAGAGAAAAACACUCACGAAUUCCAGACUUUCCCCCCACUGCUGAAUGGCCACACUUACAUGGUGAUUGUGGGGCCCACCAUGCUGGGCAUGUGCAGGGUAAAGAGAGUUCUAAUCUGGGAGCCCUGGAUGAGCUCCCAAGCUGUCCACCCUUCCUCCACAGCCCUGGGUUUAGCAAGCUACACUCUCUUCAGGGUCAGACCCUGGCAGAGCUAGUAGGACCAUCCCCAUUCACUCGAGACUCAGAACCUCGAGGCAGCCUCCUUAGGGACACCAGCCACUGGUGUGUGUGACCGCUGCCUGGCCCACAUGGCACAGUCAUGCUCAACACACAGUAUCCAGUUAAAUGUUCAGAGGAGGCAGGUGCUGAGGGCAGAAUGAUCUGGACCCUGACGGCUUCUGUGCCAAGGAAGAGAAGCUAAAAAGCCAGAGAUGAGGGCUUGGAUUAAGGACCAGGUGCCACCUACCAAUGCUGUGGUAAGUGCUGAAGUAGCCAUGUCUGUCCCAUGGACAGGGACACCUAACCCGGCACCUUCUCCUGGAGGUACCAGUGCAGAGGGUAUGGCUUACUGUGUCAGGUGAUCCGGUGCGGGGAGGGUAGCUGCUUCCGGGCAGGGGGCACAGGUUGGGAGGUAGCUGGGCCCCUGCGGCCCUUCUACCAUCCUGCUUUGUAGAGAGGCCCCGUAUCAGGAGCUUGCCACACUGUCUGCAUGUCUGUCCCGUUGCCACAACCAGGUCAGAAAAGAAUGUGGGUGGAGGGCCUGGUGGUGAAGUCAUUAGCCGCUCUUGUCCCAGAAACACCCUGCCGGGCUCUUUAGAUACAUGGGGCUCCCUUCCCAGGCUGUUCAACCCACUGCCAGGCUUGCAGCUCUUAGCCUAGGGCUUGGCCCUACCUGGCUGCACAUCUCUACGGCUCCUGCUCAGCCCUUGCUGGGAAGAAGUGAUGGGAGAGAGCCUCCUUGUAUGGACCUUGGAGAGAGCAUGCCCCGUUCUCCUGUAAGGACAACCCCAAAGACCUCAGCACCCUCUUGCUCAUCCAAGCUUUCAACCCAUUCCAUGUCUUUUUUUCAUAUACCCUUCCCUUCCUUCCCAUGACCAGCUCACGGGAUAAGUGUUAUGAGGCUGGAGCCUCUGAUGGAGUCUUGCAGAUGGGGGUGGUUGCGUUGAGACUGUCUUGCUCCCUGGCUCCCACCUGCUUCCACCUGCUUCGCCCUCCUUCUCUCCUUGAAUGAGAUGUUCUCCUUCCCCGACUUUGCCCAGACUCUCUACAUCUUCAGGACUCUGGGUCAGUGUCCCCUAUUCUGCUCACCCCCAUCCCAGACUCUGGAAGGUAGACGGGAUCUUGCUACAGAAGAGAGAGGUGCCAAAAUGUUCCUCAGGCCCAGUGGGUGGCUUUUUGCCACGUGGCUCAGUGUCCUGUCCCCACCCCUAUCCCCUACCCCCACCCCCGUCAGUAUAAACCUAUCAUCCCAGGUCCCACCCACUGUCUCCUUUGGGCACUUUCCCUCCCACUAGUCAGUCACGUGUGAUUGCCUAAGACACUGUUCUAAAUUGAAUUCCUUGGGUGGGGUCAGAGGUUGAGGGGUGGUAAGUCGUAGACUGAGAUGGAAUGUUCUGGGCCCGUGGUAGCUCACAGGACUAGGACUAGGCUCCUAGGAUGGCUUCUAUGUUGUCUUUCUUGGAAGCUCGGUCCUGAACCUGAUCCUGUCCCCUCCCGGCCUUUCUGCGAGUCCUCAAUAAAGCUUUUUGUGCCGAAA